AUGGCUCCAAAUCCAGUGGAUUACCCCGCAUCGCCGGAGCGGACCGUCAUCACGGCCUCACAUCCCAACCCGUCCUUGCAGGUAACUGCGGAUCACAAUCUAAAGUCAGUGGAUGCGCCUAUAUAUGCCCCAGGGAGGGGUGAAGCGCUGGUACACAUCAAAGCUACCGGUAUUUGUGGAUCAGAUAUUCAUUUCUGGAAGACCGGUCGCAUCGGAUCAUUGGUCUUUGAGGGAGAUUGUAUCAUAGGCCACGAAGCUUCGGGAAUCGUGUUACAGUGCGGCGAUGGUGUCACUGACCUGAAACCAGGCGACCGUGUGGCCGUCGAACCUGGUGUUGCCUGUGAAGCAUGUUUCCUUUGCGACGAUGGACGAUAUAACCUAUGUGAAGAUGUGCAAUUUGCAGGUGUCUAUCCAUACGCUGGUACAAUGCAAAGAUAUAAGGUGCAUCCCGCCAAAUGGCUACACAAACUCCCGGACAAUAUCAGCUUCGCGGACGGAGCACUUCUUGAACCCCUCUCUGUUGUCAUGAAUGGGAUCAAGACCGCAGGGUUGAGCCUGGGUCGUGGGGUUGUUGUAUGUGGUGCGGGACCCAUUGGUCUGAUUUCACUAGCUGCUGCACGCGCAUCUGGUGCUCAUCCCAUUGUUAUAACUGAUUUAGAGCCUACGCGACUGGAAUUUGCGAAGGAUUUUAUCCCUUCGUGCAUCACGUACCAGGUAGACCGGACAAAGAAUGAUCAAGCUAAUGCCCAGGCCAUCCGAGCUCUGUUUGGAGCGUCAGAGUACGUUGCACCUAUAACCGUCCUCGAGUGUACAGGGGUUGAGUCCAGUGUAUGCACGGCGGCAUUUACGGCGCGACGUGGGGGCACCGUGAUGAUAAUUGGCGUGGGCAAGGCAACCAUGAAUAAUCUCCCAUUUAUGCACCUUUCUCUUGCCGAGAUUGAUCUUCGAUUUAUAAAUCGAUACCGUGAUACAUGGCCACCUGCAAUUGCAUGCCUCAGUGGUGGUAUUCUCGAUCUGAAGAAACUGGUCUCCCAUAUUUUUCCUCUGGAGAGAGCACAAGAUGCCCUGCAUUUGUGUGCGGAUCCUAGCAACGGUAGCAUUAAAGUAUUGGUUGUGGAUGGCCAAGAGGCCUCGCUCUAG